CCCAUUUGUUGCUGCUCAGGGAAUGAUUAGCAAGAUGCUGCUUGAUUUGUGCUGUAACCUUUUGAUUCUUUUACAAUUCAAGUAAACUGAAUUAAAAGUUAAAUCAUGAUGGGGUGCCUUGAUGAUGUCAAUACUCCAUUUUCAGAGCCCAUGGGUUGUACCUUAAAGCCUUUCAAAGGUGCCUUAGCAUGUAUGGUGAAUUCAGAAAUUGGUGCUGUUUUGGCCGUUAUGAGGAGAAAUGUAAGGUGGGGAUUUCGCUAUGCUGCUGAUGAUGAUCAACUAGAGCAUCCUCUCAUCCAUUCUUUCAAGGAAUUACGAAAAAAUAUCUUCUCAUGGCAACAUCAUUGGAACAGAGUUGAUCCACUCCUAUAUCUUCAGCCUUUCUUGGAUGUGAUUCAAUCUGAUGAAACUGGUGCACCAAUAACCGGUGUUGCAUUGUCAUCUGUCUACAAAUUCUUAACCCUUGAAAUAAUUGAUUCAGCUAUCAUGAAUGUGGAGAAAGCUUUGCAUCAGAUAGUUGAGACCGUGACAAGCUGCCGCUUUGAAGUGACUGAUCCUGCCUCUGAGGAAGUGGUGCUGAUGAAGAUACUUCAGGUUCUUUUGGCUUGCAUGAAAAGUAAGGCAUCAGCAAAUUUGAGUAAUCAUCUUGUGUGCAACAUUGUAAACACCUGCUUUCGACUUGUUCAUCAAGCUAGUGCCAAAAGUGAACUGCUGCAGAGAAUAGCAAGACAUGCAAUGCAUGAAUUGGUGAGACAUAUUUUCUCCCACCUGCCUUACAUUGACAGCAAAGCACAUGAAUUUCAUCAGCAAAGCAGAUUGCGUGCUGACCCAGAGGCAGGCGAAAAACAUCAUGACAAUGGUUGUGUUAGUGCAGAAUCCACUGGUAAGUCAGCAUCGGUUGCAGUUCCUUCCAGUGCGUCGUCAGUCAGCACUAGGGAUGAAACAACAGAUGAGAAAACUCAAAAGGAGGAGAUUACUGGUAAUAGAGAAAACCCUAUGAUGGAUCCAUAUGGGGUCCCCUGCAUGGUGGAGAUAUUUCAUUUCCUAUGUUCUCUUCUGAAUGUGAUGGAGUCCAUUGAAAUUGGUUCUAGAUCCAACCCCAUAGCAUAUGAUGAAGAUGUUCCCUUGUUUGCACUGGGUUUAAUUAAUUCAGCCAUAGAAGUAAGUGGUGCUUCUUCUGGAAAUCAUCCUGAGUUAUUGGCUCUAAUACAGAAGGACUUAUUCCACAAUCUGAUGCGCUUUGGCUUGUCUAUGAGUCCUUUAAUUCUUUCAACGGUCUGUAGCAUUGUUCUAAAUCUGUAUCAUCAUAUGCGUAUUAAGUUAAAGCUACAGCUUGAAGCUUUCUUCUCUGGUGUGUUAUUGAGGAUUGCCCAAAGCAAGCAUGGAGCUUCUUAUCAACAGCAAGAGGUUGCCAUAGAAACGCUUGUUGACUUCUGCAGGCAGCCCAUGUUCAUGCCUGAGAUGUAUGCUAAUUUUGAUUGUGACAUAUCUUGCAGUAAUGUAUUUGAAGACCUUGCAAACCUGUUAUCCAAAAGUUCCUUUCCGGUUGACAUCCCACUUUCAGCUUUAAAUACGCUUGCCUUGGAUGGUCUAAUUGCUAUGAUACAGGGUAUGGCCGAGAGAAUAAGCCAGGAUUCAUUUGUUUCUGAACAAGCUUCAAUAGAUCUGGGUGAAUAUAGACCAUUUUGGACAGAGAUAUGCAAGGACUACAGUGAUCCUAAUCAUUGGGUUCCAUUUGUUCGUAAGAUGAAGUUCAUAAAGAGGAAAUUGUUGAUCGGAGUUGAUCACUUUAACCGAGAUCCAAAGAAGGGUAUGGAGUUUCUCCAAGGAGUUCAUUUGUUACCUGAGAAACGUGAGCCAAGAAGUGUAGCAUGCUUUUUCAGGUAUAUGGCUGGAUCACUUGUUUCUCUCAUUAGAUGGUCUCACAAGGCAAAGGAAGCACUUGGGCAGGAGGCUGCUAUAAAAAUGACCCAGGAUAUAACAGAAAUGUGGCUCAGGCUGGUACAGGGACUCCGAAAAUUUUGUUUGGACCGGAGAGAAGAGGUAAGGGAUCAUGCCAUCUUGAUGCUGCAGAGGUGCUUGACUGGAGUUGAUGGGAUCUAUUUUCCUGAAGAUUUGUGGUUGCAAUGUUUUGAUCAGGUGAUAUUUACAUUGCUGGAUGAAUUACUCAAUGUUGCCCAGCCGAGCUCGGUGAAGGGUUAUAGGAGCACUGAAGGAGCAAUAGUUUUGGUACUGAAGCUCAUGUUCAAAGUGUUUUUACAGUCUUUGCAUCAUCUCUCCCAGUCGACAUCCUUCUGCAAACUGUGGUUAGGGGUAUUGAGUCUAACAGAGAGAUGCAUGAAGGUGAAAUUCAAAGGGAAACGGAGUGAGAAGAUCCCUGAACUCAUUUCCGAGAUCCUAAAGAACACUCUACUUGUCAUGAAAACAAGUGGAAUUCUGGGGCCAAGUAAUCCUGUAGGAGGGGACAGUUUCUGGAAGUUAACAUGGGUGCAUGUCCACAAUAUAUGCCCAUCCCUUCAGUCAGAAGUGUUCCCCACAAAUGAAUUAGAGCAGUUGGAAAACCAGCAUAUCCAAGCAGGUUGUAGUCCUCUUUCAGAGGGAAAUGUUAUUGUCUCACCUGGUAAUAGCACAGCUUGAAGAGAAAGUUCCCAUCAGGGAGGCCUUUGUACAGUUAAAGCGACAUAUUUUUUGUCGACACCAUCAUUAGCGUAAGCAGAUGGUGAAUUUUGCAGCUGAGAACCAGUUAAGCUUAACUGAUUUAUUGAAGUGCCUUUGCAUGCUGCAGGAGCAAAUCUGAAAUCAGCUUCUUCGCGGUUUGCUUUGGUUUACAGGUUGUGAUAUCUUCAUCUGAAAUAUUUAUAGUGUUUUUUUAAUUUAUUUUUUCACUCUAUAAAAGGCAUAUGCAGCUCUGUUGGCUGUCGAGAGAAGAUUAAGAAAGGGGGUUUCUUUGAUGAAAUUUUGUGACGCCAUCGCGGUUGCUGUACUUAAGUCUGGUAGUUAUUUACCAUUUUGACUGUACAAUACUAGCAUGCUAGUGCAAAAUAGUGAUUGAUAGUAUGAAAUGUUACGAUAACGGUUUAUACAUAGUUUUCUUGAAAUAGCAUGUUUCGAUUGACUGAAAAA